AUGGGAUUCGAAUCUUCAAACGGCACCGCUUCAGCAAAACCACUAAAAUUCCUCAUCUACGGGCGCACUGGCUGGAUCGGUGGACUCUUAGGCAAGCUUUGCCAAUCUCAAGGCAUUGACUUCACCUACGGUUCCGGUCGCCUUGAAAACCGACCCUCCCUCGAAGCCGACAUAGCUACCGUCAACCCCACUCAUGUGUUCAACGCUGCCGGCGUCACUGGUAGGCCUAACGUCGACUGGUGCGAAUCCCAUAAAGUCGAGACGAUAAGGACCAAUGUGGUUGGCACGCUGUCGUUGGCUGACGUGUGCAGGGAGAAAGGUUUGAUCUUGAUUAAUUAUGCUACGGGCUGUAUCUUUGAGUAUGAUUCGAGUCAUCCACUCGGGUCGGGUAUUGGGUUUAAGGAGGAGGAUACUCCGAACUUUAUCGGAUCUUUCUAUUCCAAGACUAAGGCCAUGGUGGAAGAUCUGCUCAAGAAUUAUGAAAAUGUUUGCACAUUGCGUGUCAGAAUGCCCAUUUCAUCUGAUUUAGCGAACCCGCGCAACUUCAUCACCAAGAUCACUCGAUAUGAGAAGGUAGUGAACAUUCCAAACUCAAUGACGAUCUUGGAUGAACUCCUUCCCAUUUCCAUUGAGAUGGCAAAGAGAAACCUUACUGGAAUCUAUAACUUUACGAAUCCUGGAGUGGUUAGUCACAACGAGAUUUUGGAGAUGUAUCGGGAUUACAUUGACCCCAACUUCACAUGGAAAAACUUCACUCUUGAGGAGCAAGCAAAGGUAAUCGUUGCCCCAAGGAGCAACAAUGAGCUUGAAACUGCCAAAUUGAAGCAGGAAUUCCCUGAGCUCUUGCCAAUAAAAGAGUCCCUUGUCAGGUAUGUCUUCAAGCCAAAUCAGAAGACAGCCGCUGCUUGA